AUUUCAAAGUUGGUAAGGAUUGGAGUAACAUCUUCGGUGUUUGGCUUAAGUUUCACACCAAAGAGAGAAGAAAAAAAAAAUGCAGAAGCUAGAGGAUGGAAUUUUGUGUAUAUUGUUUUCCGCUUUUGACCCUCCAUAUUUACUUAAUUUUCGCACUUACAGCACCUGAAAGUCCAAAGACACUGAGAGAGAGAGAGAAUUGUUGUUGUUUUUUUUCAUGGAGGCGAGCUUUGAAAUGGAAGCUGUGAUAGAGUUUUUGAGGAAGAAUGGAUUGAAAGAAGCUGAGAAAGCACUUGAGGAAGAUAUGACGGAGAAAAAUGAACAAGAAGUGGGUGCUUUUGAUUUUGAGAAAUUCUUGUUCCCCAUGCCCCCGCCGGUCAAGAUUCCAGGGACCCUCCGGCGAUCAGAGGUGGAUGAGAAAGUGAAGUCAAGUGAUGGGUCGGAUUCAGAUGGUGAUGAGUUUGUCAGCUUGAGCUCUUCUACUAGUGAUGUUUGCUCUUCAGAGUUUGUGAAUCCAUAUGGACUUCAUUCUGGCUCUCAGGCUGAUUCUGAUACUUCAUCAGAUAGAUUAUCUCAAUUUGGAACGGCACGCGACUAUCCUGAUUUUGACAUGCAGAAUGACUUGGACUGGUAUAAUGAGAAGGACUUCAUGACUCCAUGCUUUGCUGGGUCAGACUUCUAUAACUGUCCAAGUCAGGAUAAGUUUGUCACAACUUUGGAGACAGAGAAGCAACAUGAUAAUAAACCGAGUUCACAUAACAAAUCUGAAGAAUUUCAAACAGAAGUGGGCACUGAUUACUUGGACAAGCCACGCUUUUAUAAUAUGGCCUGCAUAAAUGGCGAAAAUGAGGUUCAAAUGAUCGAUUAUUAUCAUUUUGAUAAAUGUAAUGGGAUUGAAGGGGACAUUGAACGAGAGCUGAAGAAUUGUGGUUAUGGUUGUUCAUUUCCCCUUUGCAAAUGUUGUGAGGGGUCCUGUGUUUAUGAUGAAAAUCCCAUGAACUUCAGCUACAUGAGCUCCAAAGAAACUGAUUUGGAUGAUCUUCAGUUAAAGGCUACUGGAGAGGUUAAUGCAGAUUAUAAUAGAGCUUCUGAACAUAAAUCUAACAAGAAUCUUUACUCUGCCAGAAGGGGUUCAAAUGAUUGGAUUGAUGGGUUUAAAGGUGAUUCUAACUUAGUGCACAAGAUUGGCGAGAAAGAUUUGUUGCAGAAAACAGUUGAUGGUUAUGGAGUUGAAGGUGAUGAAUACUAUGGAGAACUUAGUGAACCUCAGGCUGCUGCCGAAGAAGAGGGUGAUGCUACUGAUGAACUUCUGAUGUACUCUAAUGAUGAUGAAUAUGAAGUAUUCAAUUUGCGAAUCAUUCACAGGAAAAACAGGACUGGAUUUGAAGAAAACAAGGACCUGCCUAUAGUGCUAAAUAACGUCAUUGCUGGAAGAUAUUAUGUAACAGAAUACCUAGGUUCAGCUGCUUUUAGUAAGGUUGUUCGAGCACAUGAUCUUCUCAUGGGAAUGGAUGUUUGCCUGAAGAUCAUUAAAAAUGAUAAAGAUUUUUUUGACCAAAGUUUGGAUGAAAUUAAACUACUAAAGCUUGUCAAUAAGCAUGACCCUGGAGAUGAGCACCACAUUUUGCGUCUCUAUGACUACUUCUAUCAUCAGGAACAUCUGUUCAUCGUCUGUGAACUCCUUCGAGCAAACUUGUAUGAAUUUCAGAAAUUCAAUCAAGAAUCUGGUGGAGAACCAUAUUUUACCCUCAGCCGGCUGCAGGUCAUAACUCGUCAGUGUUUGGAGGCACUUGAUUACUUACAUGGCUUGGGAAUUAUUCACUGUGAUCUAAAGCCCGAGAACAUCCUUAUCAAAAGUUAUAGAAGAUGUGAGAUAAAGAUUAUUGAUCUUGGAAGCAGUUGCUUUCGGACUGACAAUCUGUGCCUAUAUGUUCAAUCUCGUUCCUAUAGAGCGCCUGAAGUCAUCCUUGGCCUCUCAUAUGACCAGAAGAUUGACCUAUGGUCUCUUGGAUGUAUCCUUGCCGAGCUAUGCUCUGGGGAGGUCCUGUUUCCAAAUGAUGCAGUCGUAAUGAUCCUCGCACAGAUGGUUGGAAUGCUAGGUCCUAUUGAUAUGGAGAUGUUGGAGAAUGGACAAGAGACAUACAAGUAUUUCACAAAAGAAUAUGAUCUGUACCAUAUAAAUGAGGAGACUAACCAAUUAGAAUACAUUAUUUCUGAGGAGUCUUCACUGGAGCAUCAUAUUCAAGUUUCUGAUGUCGGGUUUAUCGAUUUUGUUAAACAUUUGCUUCAGAUGAAUCCUCAAAGGCGCCCAACUGCAAGGGAGGCAUUAGAACACCCAUGGCUUUCGUACUCGUACUGAACCAAAACUCCCUAAAUUGCUGUUGGGAUGACCUUUUCUGUGAGUAUUACACAUUCAUCGAGGAAUGGAAUUAUAUGGGGACAAGGCCAACUGUAUUUCGGAUUUCAAUUUUGGUUUUAUGUGUAUAGCAAUACUCAUAUUUAUUCACAUUCUUUUUUGUACAAAACUCUUCCCCCUCUACUUUGUUGGGGUCGUAAAAAACAAGCCCUUUUGAUUUGAGUGACAAGAAAGAUACAAUAAAAAUCAUUUUAGUUGAACAAUCUCAUGUUAUGCUGCAUAAGCAACUCAUUUUUUCCAUUUUAAUUCAUUUAUCUGCAUCGGAUUCAAUACUUUAUCCAAUAAGUGUUCAUCAGCCAUAGAGCUAUGUGAUACAUCACUGCCUUUUUGUUGACUUGAGUUUUCGCGAAGAAUCCCCCUCAGGUGCCUUUUGUUUCAACAUCCACAGGAAACAUCUCGGAAGCUGUAUGAAGUCGUGAUUGUCACAUACUUAGUUGUGAAUGUCUGGUCAUGCAAACCCAAUGAAACUCCAAAGUCUCUUAUUAUCUGUCUUUAGGUUAAGCAAGGCAUCAAGUAGAUUUGCUUAAAGGGAUUUUUGGGUAGUGACAACAAUGAUAGCUGUCAAUAGAUAUUAAAUCGGGAAAAGGAUCAUGUCCAAAUUAAUGAUUGAAAUUUGACUAGCAUAAGUAAAAGUAGAAAAGUUUGAUUAUACUUUGUAACAAGAAAAAGAUUGUCAAUUAGGAGAUAAAAGUUGAUGAAUUUAGUAUAAGAAAACAAACCAACAAUUUCAAUUCUAGUUGUAUUAUAAAGAACAA